AUGGCGUCGCACCAGGUGGGCAACGGCUCGUCGAUGGCCUCCCAGACGGACAAGCGCUGCCCAUCCGCCCCUGGGCCUCCGUGUGCGUUCCAUGGGUUACGCGUGCUCCUCGCCGGGCCACAGCCAAUAGCCGGCGGUGCCCCGGCCGGAGGUAUUGCUCUCUUGGAGUCCCGUCACCGGCGUCUCGACUGCCGGAAGCCCUAA